AUGUCUGGUACCACUGUUCACGUUUCGGGCAUCGCCCCCUCCACCUCUGAGAAGGAUGUCCGUGACUUCUUCAGCUUCUGUGGCAAGAUUACCUCUCUCUCCAUUACCCCUACUAGCUCCGAGGCCGAAGCCCCCAAGUCCGCCAGCGUCACCUUCGAGAAAGAAGCCGCUGCAAAGACUGCUCUCCUCCUCGAUCAGACCCAAUUGGGCUCCUCUUCCGUGCACGUGGAAGCUGCCCAGAACAUUGACGAUCUCGCCGGCGCCCAGGCCACCUCAUCCACCGAUAAGGAAGAGGAGCACGAGAUCGCACAGGAAGAUAAGCCCCGCUCGCGCAUCAUCGCCGAAUACCUGGCCCACGGCUACGUUGUCAGCGAUGGCGCUAUCCAGAAGGCCAUCGCUCUGGACCAGAAGCACGGAUUCUCCACCAAGUUCACCUCCGCCCUGAGCAACUUUGACAAGAAGUUCAACGCCACUGAACGCGCCAAGGGCUUGGAUGAAAGCUAUCAGAUCUCUAACAAGGCUGCCACUGGCUGGCACUCGUUGAACAACUACUUCGAGAAGGCUCUCGAGCACCCCCACGGCCAGAAGCUGCGUGGCUUCUACGUGCAGACUGAUAAGCAGGUGCGCGAUAUCCACAACGAGGCACGUCGUCUGGCCGACUUGAAGCUCGGUCGCAGCUCUGAGGGCGAGGAUGCCUCAGGUUCUGCUGCUACCUCUGCCGAGGGUGCUUCUACGGCUCCUGCCGCUGUACCUGCUUCCGAGGCUGCCGGUGCUGCGCCUCUGGCUUAA